CGCGACCAGCUCAGACGUAUUGGAAUAUCGCCUGUUUUUUUUUUUUCCAAGAAGCAACAAAAAAUGUUACAUCGCUCUUAUCGGACGAACUAACGAUAGAUAGUGACGACUGUGAAACAAAAUCAUUUUCGUUAAUUUUGUUUUGUUUUUCUUACUGAUUAUUAGUGAGUUUAUACAGUGAGUUAAUUAUUUUUCAAAAUUGUGUGAACUGAACUGGCUUGUGUGAAAUAAUAAAUAAUUGAAUCGUGUGCAAAACUGAACUUGAUGAGUGUAUAAUUUGAAGAAUUGUUUUGCUCAAAUUAAUUUGUGAUUCGUGCGGAAAACAUUAUAUUAUUGGUGGUGUUAAUUAUCAAGAUAAAGCGUAAUUACGAUGAAUUUUCAACGAUCGUAUAGCCGUGUUUGGUGGGCUAAUGAUAACAGUACGAAUCAAGUAACUGAAUCAAAAUUGCCGCAUCAAAUUUACUAUUAUGGACCACAAUCAUUGGGUCAAUUAAGUAAUAUUGCUGAGGAAACAUCGUUCCAAAUAACAUCGAAUAUACGACGCAGUGUUCGAAGUCAUGAUUCCGGAUUUAACGAUAGCGAUCAUUCGCCAAAUUCAACAAGUGACUCUAGUCAAAUAUCCGCUCACAAUAGUCCAAUCGAUAACGAUGACAAUGGCAAUUUUGAAUCGCCCAAUCGAAAAAAUGUAAGUGGAUCAUUGGAUCGAUCACCGUCGAUUGCAAAUGAAAGUGUUAAAACACCGCCAACCGUUAUUCGUCGCAAGAUUAGCACAAUUUUUUCGCCAACAGUACGACGUAUAUCAUUCAGUGCACCAAGUACACCAGAUGCAUUCGAACCACCCAAGUUGAAUAGUUCAUUCAGGUCGCUCGAUUCAUUUUCAUCGACGAAAAAAUCGAAAGAAAAUCAUGAACGUUUGAAUAGCAGUUUAAAUUCAUGUUUGAACAAUAGUCGAGCGAAGAGCUGCAGUUUACGUCGUGGAAAAACCAUUUCACCGAGCAAUAAUUCCAGCUACAGACGACGAGCCAAUCGACGUCGUCUAUUGGAUUGUGUUUCACAAGUGUCUGGUUCAACGGGCGAUGUUUACACACUGGCCUCGGACUCGUCAUACGAAAAGGGAAUCAAAGAACAACCGGAUGAAUACCAUCAUUACGAAACUGUCAGUGAAGUAACGAGCAACACAUCACGUGCCAAUUUAGAAAAUACUACAGACGAAUAUAAUAAUGAAACGGUGACUUUUGGAACGGGCGAUGAGAAUGUGACACCGAAAAAAGACAUCGAUAGCAGCAUUCAAGUGCUACAUCGAGAGAAACUUCCGUUGCCAACCUAUGAUGAACUCUAUCCGCCGAAUGGUUGUUCGACGCCAAUGUUAAAACCGAAGAAAAAUGCAUCGAUUGCAGUCGAUCAUAGGGAAUCAUCCAUCAUCGCCAUGCAUGCAGCUAGUCAACAAGUGCAACAAAACGAUCAUGAUUUCUACGAUUCGGAUUACAAUUUAUCACUGGCACCGACCAUGAAUUGGGAAAGUUGUACGUACGUUGAAUACACAAAUCCCGCACUAAACGGACACGCAUGUUCGGCACAAUUUUGGCUUGACGAACAACGGACAAUGUAUUGUCAUGAAAUCAUGUCAACAUUACAAACAAAAUCAAUUUUAUACGAAGCGGCACGUUCUUUAAAAUUGAAUCCAGCCAUUGCUGCAAAGUUAAUUCAUCAAAUUCAAUUGAAGGGCAUUGCAGUUGAAACGAAAUUUGAUGAAAUCGAUCGGAUAUUUGAAUCGCAUGCAAAAUUAGUGAAACGACUACAACGCCGUUCCACAUUGAUAGCUGGCAUUGACGAUAAUGAAUGCAUUGAAAUUGCCGAUAAUGAAUUCAAGGAGAAAAUAUCCAUUUUGAUGAAAACACUUACCGAAAAUGUUUGCCAUUUUAUGAGUCGAUUGAAUUCGAAAAUAAUUUUCCAAAAAGUCGAUUGGUGCCAGGAAAAUGAUGGCGGCAAAGAUUUAAAACACUUUGAACGAAAUGUACGAAAUGUAAUUGAUUUGUGCCAAGAUUUGCGCGUUGCAUGCGAAACAAAAAUCGAUGAUAUCGAAACGAAUGUGUUGCUUAAGGACUUUUAUACACUAAAACAAAGCGUAUUGAAAGCAAUACGAAAGGUAUUUCGGCGCUUGAUGAAUAUUAUUGUGGGACGAAUCGAAGAAAAUCCAAAUGAAAUGCUAUUACGAGCAAAUAUAAAUGUGAUUGCAACAUUACCCAUGGAAAGUGUGUACAAUUCAACGGAGAGAUUUUCAUCGUUGAACGACGCCUUUAUUACAAGUGGUGUGCUUCGUGUUUUACUCAUGAUUUGUUUGGAUGCUGACAAAAUAUCGAUACGAGCGAUGGCAUUGCGGGCACUAACGACAAUUUGCUCAUCGGCCGAAAUGAUACGACAGUUCAUUGAAAUUGGCGGUCUAGAUGUGGUUACCGACAUUUUAACCGAUGACAAACGCAACGAUGUCAAGUAUGAGCCAGAACUACGUGAAGCCGUCUCGGUCCUAACACAAGUGACAGCGCCUUGGCAUCAUGGUGACAGUGGCAAUAUCGAUGAUCUGCUCAAAUUAUCGAUUGAUAAUUUAGUGACACGAUUGUCGGUGCUUAUCGAAUCUACUGAUUGCCUACAAACACUCAUGCUAUCUGCUGCUUGUCUCAAUAAUCUUUCACAUAAAUCGUCGCUCGCAUUUUAUUCGCUCAUGGAUAAUCGAAGCGUACAUCAUUUGAUUCAGGCAUGUGAUAGAUAUCAGCAACGACGCUACGAUUUUAUGAGCUCAGCUAUUUUCCUAUAUGAACAAAUCACAAGUAUGCUGUUUUCAAUGGCGGGAAAUAAGAAAUGCCAUCAACAUCUCGCGCAUAAAGAAAUCAUUUACUUUAUGUCAUUUAUAUUCCAAACACAGUUUCAUAUAAAGUAUGCUCGCACUUCGGAAAAAAUGGCGCUACGAAAGACGAUUAAAAAUAUUCUACAUAUUUUUGCUCGUCUCAUUCACCAUUCGGCUGUCGGACAAGAGAUACUCGAACAAAAUGCCAUACCAAUAUUUUCACGUGUCGAACAAAAUCUUCGUGUGGACGAUGUAUACGCCAAAGAUCUACAGUACAUAAAUAAGAAAUUGAAUAAAUCACACGAUGCAUCAGACCCUCAAAUUUCCACCCGGACACAGCAUCGUCUCAGCGUAUGCAAUAUGACUGGUUCAUCGUUGCUCGAAAGUUACGUUUAAUGGUGAAACUCUACGAAACAUUUAAUUAUUUCAAAUGAUUCAUUUCAAAUGACAGACGAAGAAUUUAUAACGGAAAUUGCGUCUAUUUAUUAAUUGCCGUUGAAAAAUGCCCGUAUAUUUUAUAAAUAUAAUUUAGAUAAACAAAGUAGAAGAAGAAGAAACUAUGCGCGCACGCUCGCCGCGCUUUUAUUAAAUAUACUUGCCACAUCGAUUUUUAUUGAUAGGAUCAUUUUAUCGACGAGAUGAGAAAAGUGAGAGAGGGAGAGGGAGAGAGAGAUAUAGAAAUAUUUGUUAGUUGUAAAAAAUGAAAACAGUGCCAUCACAUCAUUUCUUUUAUUCUCCCCAGUUUAUAUAUUAUAUAUAUUUAUUAUGUGUAUCAUCAUUUAAUAGAGUUUAGUCAGGAAAUGCCGUCUUUUUAAUUAAGAUUCUGCUAUUGGUUUUUUAUUUGGAUAGAAAUUUACUGUAAAUAUAUGAGAAAAUUAUAUUUAUAAAUACCGAAAUACAAAAUUAUAUGCUUUAAA